GCCGCCGCCGCUUCUGCCAAGAUGUCGGAGGCCAAUAAACAGGAGAUCGGCUCCAUCUUCAAACGGUUACGCUCCGUCUCCACCAACAAGGCCUGUUUUGAUUGCUGUACCAAGAACCCCACCUGGGCCAGUAUAACGUAUGGCGUCUUUCUCUGCAUUGACUGCUCUGGGACACAUCGAUCCCUUGGUGUUCACUUGAGUUUUAUCAGGUCUACAGAACUGGAUUCAAAUUGGACCUGGUUUCAGCUGAGAUGUAUGCAGCUUGGCGGCAAUGCUAAUGCUCUGGCGUUUUUCCGACAACAUGGAUGUGACACUAAUGACAGUAAUGCCAAAUACAACAGUCGUGCUGCCCUGCUUUAUAGAGAGAAGCUCAGAUCUUUAGCAGUUGCUGCAACCAGAAAAUAUGGAACUGAACUGUGGAUUACUGAGUCUGGAAAUCCACCGUUGUCCCCUCAAGCUAAAGAGGAAGACUUCUUUGCCUCUCAUUCUGUGCCAACUAGCACCUGGUCAACAGAGCAAACCGCUGUGUCAGCUCCUCUACAGCUCUCGUCUGAAAAAAUACAGCAAGAGGGCAAUCUUGAUGACCAUGGACCGAACAUUGAUGUCCUCAGCGUCUCACCUAAAGAAGCAUUAGCUGACUCCAUGAGUUUAGUUUCUGCAGGAGUCACACCUAACAAAGAUCUCAAGUCGUCUAUUAUAACAAAAAAGAAGCCUUCAGCAGCUAAGAAAUCGCUGGGUGGUAAGAAGGGUGGCUUGGGAGCGCAGAAAGUAGCCAGCCACAGCUUCAGUGAGAUUGAGAAACAAGCCCAGGCUGUCGACCGAAUGAAAGAGCAAGAGCUGAGCAGCAAGAAGAAAUCUGAGAACGAAGAAUCUGUAGUGUCAUCUCUCCGACUUGCAUACCAGGACCUGGAAAUCCAGAAGAGAGAAAAUGAGAAAUUAAAUCACCUGGAAGGGAAAAAGAAGGAGCAGGCUGAGCGACUGGGCAUGGGAUUUGGCAGCAGAUCUGGAGUUUCUCAUUCUGUCCUCUCAGACAUGCAAACCAUAGAGCAAGAGACGCCCAGUGUGGGGAAAUCUUCUCGCAGAAAAUAUGAUGACGAUGAUGAACCUACAUUUACUUCUCAUUCCAGAUAUUUUGAUGAUCCGCUGGAUAUAGGAAGUGGAUAUUCAAAGUGGGAAGAUAAUAUUGAUCCCUUUUGGAAGACUGAACGCAGUACUAGAGUGCCUGAAGCUAUAUUUACUUCAAAGAUUUCAUCACUAAAUGACCGGCCUGCACGUCGGAAACCAGAAUUGGAUUAUUCACUUGGAUCUGAGGAAGCACAGAAGAAGUUUGGCAAUGCCAAGGCCAUUUCAUCAGAUAUGUACUUUGGGAAACAAGAAUCAGCAGAGUAUGAAGCCAAAACUCGACUGGAACGUUUUGCGGGAAGUUCAUCCAUCAGUUCAGCUGACCUGUUUGAGGACGAUAGGAAGCAACCCUUAAAUCCGUCUCUGAGCAAUGUGCUCCCUUCAGCUCCUGACAUGGCACAGGUUAAGCAAGGAUUUCGGUCUGUGGCUGGGAAGCUGUCUGUUCUUGCCAAUGGAGUGAUGACUUCCAUUCAGGAUCGAUAUGGCUCAUAACUGAACAGGAACAUUCUAAUGAGAUAAACUUGAAACGUUCAGAAGUGAUUUACGUUUGCCUGUACCGGUGAUUAGCAAAACAUUGUGAAGGAGAAUUCAUCAGUAACGUGGCGAUCGAUUGCCCUAGUUAAAUGCUUGUAGUCCAUCUGCUGACCUUUAUCUCUGCUCGAAUUUACUUGUGAGUUUGUCAAAUACUUGAUUUGUCUCAGGUAAUGCCGUGCUUUACAUUUAAAAAAAUGAAAAAACUUCAAUGUAGGAGAAGGCAAUGCAUUUUUUCUUUAGUUUGAGCACAAACUACUUUUUCUAAAAGUAAUUUUUUAAAGAAAAGCAGAAGUGUAUUAAACACAUAUAAAACAUUGGUUAGUUUGGGGAAAGGGUGCAAUACUCAAAUAAAAAAGAAAAAAGUUAUAGCGAUAAACAUUGCAACAUAGGCUAAAUCUGCAGCUUUAAAGAAGUGCUCUUAAAUGGAAUUUCUGCCCUAUUUGAAGAGACAGUGUUUGUACAAUUUAAAACACUAAGCUGAACUCUGGGCAAGUGAGUGUGCAGUUUCUUACAUGAUUUGUUUGCUUUACUGGAACAGCUUGCCUCCUCAGAUCAGUUCAGUUCAAUUGUAAGAUAGUCUUGUUCAUCAGUACUUUGAAGUGGUGAUAAUUUGCCAGGUGUCUCUUGGUAGCCUUUAAGUCUAGUCUACAACUUUGAAGAAAGGCAAUGACAACAAAGUGAAUGUGAGGCACCACAUUGGGAAUUACAAGGAAUUGGAAUGUGACCAUUGUCUUCUGUUUACCGCAGAAACCUGUAAGGUGUGCUUUUUCAAAACAAAUACCCACUACUCAUGGAACCAACUAAUAUAAAUGGUGACCAACUGUAGAUGUGUAUUGUAAUGAAUCUUUCACUUUGAGAUCAUUAUGUUUAAUUACAAAAGGCUGGUCUGAUGUAUACGUAUAUUUCUAAUAAAAAUAUAUACAUUUGCUUCUUUUAAGUGGCUCUGUGUAAAAUUGAGAAAACGAAGGGGGAUUUUAGAGUUUGUGGUCAGUGUUAACAGCAGCUGAAUGAUGAACGUAUUGUGUUCACUCUAAGAAUGAAAUACAAGGGUGUGAUAGUCUCAAAAACUAAUGCACAUUAUUGGUGAGUGACUUUAUUGGGAGAUUGAGUAAGGGAUACAUUUCAUGCUAACCUUGCAAAAUCGGAUCAGAUAAAUGCAAUAAUAUUUAUGUUUGGUUAUUUGUGGAAAGGUGCUCUGCAGAAGGAAAAUGCCUCAGAAGAAGAUUGGAAAAAUUGGAGAAAUUAAUCUUCUGUCUAGUACUAAUUGCUGAAAUACGUAUACCUUCUUUCCCAGAGUAGUGGGAUUGUCUAGAAGUCCUCGUAUAGUAACCUAGCCAUGACUAGGUGCUGAGUAGAGCACACGUACUGGCCGUACUGGCCUAAUCACAAGGAAAUCGUGGAGCUUCACUAACCUGAUCCAGAGCACCAUCAGCAGAAAUAUGGAGCUGUCCAUCCUGAUGGCAAUGCCUCUAAACCUGGUGAGACAGUGUCCUGUUUGCUACUUAUAGCAUUGAAAGCAAUAUCAUCUGAACCUCUCUUGUGAUAGUGCAUUUUUUCCAGUCAGUUUAGAGCAUCGCCCUUCACUUUAACCACUUACAAAUUACAGUAGUUACAACCAAUUCAUCAUUUUUCUGUGUUCCGACUGGAAUGAUUGCAGAUGGUGUGAUUCGGAACAACAUUUUGAAAUAAAAGAAAGACGAGUUGUCAGAUUCCCUCUUGUCAGGCAUAUUCCCCUUGAUAUGCCUGUCCGUGAUGCAGUAAGUAGUCAAACCCUGGACAUUUCACAUCUCUACUUAAUCUGAUCUCAAUUGGCCAACAAAUCAUGCUCACAUUGUAAGCGACAGAGGUAUGAUCCUGAGAUGGAACUUCAUGAGUAGGUAUAAUGUUAGCUCAUUAUUAGAGCACUCAGUGAGAUGGACAGACAGUCUCAAGUCGGGCGCUGGGGCAAUCUGACUGGUUUCAAAGACUGGGAUAUUAGGCUGGCAUUGGUUUUCUGUUUAUCUUUCAGUGUGUCCACAGUGAAACCAGUGGGAAUUGCACCAAAGCAACUAUCCAAGACCCUGUACAAUAUGUGUAAUGAACAUAGUGUAGCUUUAAAGAAGUGUUUGGAAUUUCUUGUUUGAAGAAGUGUUUUUUUGUUCAAUAUAACAACACUGAGCUAUGGGCAAGUAAGUGUGCAGUUUCUUAUAUGAAUUGUUUCUUUACUGGAACAAAUUGCCUCCUUAUAUCCGGUUACAGUGUACAGGUGGUGAGGUACAAUUGUGGGUGGGAAUCUUUAAUUUGGGGAUAUUAUGUUUAAAUUGCACAAAGAUGAUCAAAAAAUGUCAAAAAGCUGGUCCGAUUGUAAAUGUCAGUUUCUAAUAAAAAAUACAUUUUGCUUCA